UAAAGGAAAUAAACAAGAACAUCUGGGUUACCUAGAUCAACGGUUGAAAUCAAACGGUUUAGAGGAUUAAACGGUGUAUGUAAAAAGUUUAAAAUAAGAUAAUACAAAAUUGAGAACGGCAUCCAAGCCUGAGCUGGGCCCCGUGGGUCUAACAAGGUGACAGGUUGCUCUCAAGUCUGUUCUCUCCCUCCUCUGCUCUUCAUAUAUUCUCUCCUACGUUUGCUGCCUUCUUCGUGAUUCCUCUCUCGUCUUCGACAAUCGGUGAACAUGGGAACCAACUUCAAACCAGUGAUAUUGUCACUGUUUACUGCCUCGUUGCUGUUUACCUUUGCAUACUCUGCGUCCAAUGAUGGGUUGGUUAGAAUUGGACUGAAAAAGAUGAAAUUGGAUCAAAACAGUCAAAUUGCUGCCCGGCUCGAGUUAAAGAAUGCAGAGGCUUUCAGAGCUUCUGUGAGGAAGUAUGGUCUCCGUGGUAAUCUGGCAGACUCUGGGGGUCCUGAUAUUGUGGCACUGAAGAAUUACUUGGAUGCUCAGUACUACGGCGAAAUUAGCGUUGGCACUCCUCCUCAGAAAUUCACUGUAAUCUUUGACACUGGUAGCUCCAAUUUGUGGGUGCCGUCAUCCAAGUGCUUUCUCUCUGUUGCUUGUUACUUCCAUUCUAAGUACAAGUCAAGCCAAUCAAGUACCUACAAGAAGAAUGGGAAAUCUGCUGAAAUUCACUAUGGUAGCGGAGCUGUUUCUGGUUUCUUUAGUUAUGAUAAUGUCAAUGUUGGUGACCUGGUUGUAAAAGAUCAGGAAUUUAUUGAGGCAACUUCAGAGCCUAGUGUCACAUUUUUGGUGGCCAAGUUUGAUGGCAUACUAGGGCUUGGGUUUCAAGAAAUUUCAGUUGGAAAUGCUGUGCCCGUCUGGUACAACAUGGUUAAACAAUGCCUUGUCAAGGAAUCAGUAUUUUCUUUUUGGCUUAACCGCAAUACAGAGGAAGAGGAAGGAGGUGAAAUUGUAUUUGGUGGUGUUGAUCCAAAUCAUUACAAGGGCAAGCACACAUAUGUUCCUGUGACACAGAAAGGCUAUUGGCAGUUUGACAUGGGUGAUAUUCUCAUCGGUGAUAAACCGACUGGGUAUUGUACUGGCAGUUGCUCAGCAAUUGCAGACUCUGGAACUUCCUUGUUGGCGGGCCCAAUGACAGUGGUUACCAUGAUAAAUCAAGCGAUUGGAGCCACUGGAGUAGUUAGCCAGGAAUGUAAGGCUGUUGUUGCUCGGUAUGGACAAACCAUAAUGGAUUUGCUUCUAGCUGAGGCUCAACCAAAGAAAAUCUGCUCACAAAUUGGAUUGUGCACAUUCGAUGGGACCCAUGGUGUUAGCAUUGGCAUCCAGAGUGUAGUGGAUGAGAACAAUGAUAAAUCAUAUGGUAUUGCUGGUAAUGCUAUGUGCUCUGCCUGUGAGAUGACAGUUGUUUGGAUGCAGAACCAGCUGAGACAGAAUCAGACACAAGAUCGUAUACUGAACUAUAUCAAUGAGCUCUGUGAUCGAAUUCCAAACCCAAUGGGACAAUCAGCAGUCGACUGUGGAAGUCUCUCUUCAAUGCCUACUGUUUCCUUCACUAUAGGAGGAAAAAUUUUUAAUCUUACCCCAGAGGAGUACAUCCUCAAGGUGGGCGCGGGUUCAGCAGCUCAGUGCAUCAGUGGCUUUACUGCUUUGGAUGUGCCGCCUCCUCGUGGACCUCUUUGGAUCUUGGGAGAUAUUUUCAUGGGUCGAUACCAUACUGUUUUCGACUAUGGCAAUCUGCGAGUUGGAUUUGCAGAAGCAGCAUAAAUGGAUCUACUUUGGGGUAUCCCUCAAAUUAGAUACUCCAUUUCUAUCUGCUACUACGUACCUUCAAAGUGGAAUUACUAGUGCAUUAUAGAGGGUGGUAGACCCCAGCUUAAAACCAAUAGUAGUUUACUUGUAAAUAUUUGUGCGUUGGGUUGAAAAGUGAAUGUUAGUUCAAGAAAUGAUGAGCUUCAAACUUUAUUUUAAGAGUAUCUUGCACCUACAGUGUAUCAUUGGCUAGAUAAGCUAGGGUUCGGUUUGUUCAAGGACGAUCAUGCAUCACCAUGUAAUAAAUUUUGAACAUGUUUUAUUCACUAA